AUGAGUCAAGGAGACCAAUGCAGGGGGAAUAAGGAGAGUGCUAACGCUGGCAGUGGUAAGAGAACUAACAGUGCUGACCAGCUAGACUGUAACGGUGGUGACAUAACGGUGGUGACGUCUGGCAAGACCCUGAAGCAUGGCGCACAAGAUCUGCACACAGACAAUGUGCUGUGUGACUCCUGUAUUGAUAGCCCCUGCAGGGCAGAGAAGUCGUGCCUUACCUGUCUGGUGUCGUACUGUGAGGCCCAGCUACGGCCUCACCUGCAGAACCAGCGAUUCAAGAGCCACCACCUGGUGGAACCGCAGCUGGACUCGGAGAUGCGCUGCUCUUUGGAACACAAGCUGCCGCUGGAGCUGUACUGCCGCACGGACGGCUGCUGCCUCUGCCACGCCUGCAGGGACCAGGGCCACCAGGAGCACCACACCGAGCCUGUAGGGGAGGCCCGGAGACUGGCUGAGAGCUCAGUGAUAGACCUGCAGAUUACAUUGGAGAAGCAGUUCACCAAACUUCAUGCAGCUGUUGAGAGGGCCAGAGAGGAGGUGUGGGAGGUGCUGGAGGGGGAACUCAAGCGGGCAGUGUGCCAGGCAGAGGGCAUCGAGGCUCACCUGCAGGAGAAGAUAUGCCAUCUGAAGAAGGCCCUCGUCCUGGGGGGGAGAUUCAGCAACAACACAAAUGAUGUGGACUUCAUGCAGGAGUACUGUGAGUGGCUGAGAGGCUCAGUGGACACUGAUUUGCCUGGAGUUUACAUCAGCCUUCCAGACCGUCUCAUCACCUUCAGGCAGACCUUAUCAGACACCACUCAGGAGCUGUGUGAGCAGCUGCUGGCCUCCUACAGACGACAACUCACUGACCCAUGCCAAAGAGAUGCGACCAGUCUAACAUUCAAUGUUGACUCAGCGCACCAGUUCCUAAGGCUGACGGUGGGGAAUAGGAGAAUGACCAACACCACUCCCUGGCAGCACUGCUACCCUGAGCACCCGGAGCGCUUUGAGCACUGGCGCCAGGCCUUUGCCUGUGAGAGCCCCUUUCUAGGCCGCCAUUACUUUGAGGUGGAUCUGAGUGGUGAGGGAGCGUACAUGGGCCUCACCUGCAAAAGUAUCAAGCGGAAGAGCGUGGAGUACAGCAGCUGCAUCACAGGCAACACCUUCUCCUGGAGCCUUGGGCGAAGCAGCCACAGACUCUCCUGCUGGCAUGCAGGGGAGGAGCGCUGCCUGCAGGGAGAGCCCCUGAACCGAGUGGGGGUGUAUGUUGAUUAUCAGGCUGGUGUUGUAGCCUUUUAUGUGGUGGACGAAGUACACUAA